AUGGCGCGCGUCACUCUCGACCUGCCCGAGCCGCAGGUGCUGAUCGACUUCCCUGACGACGCGGCGGGGCUGAGGCUGGACUUGAACGCCCACCGCGUGGUGGCGCUGGGCCGCAACUGCGCCUUUCCCGCCGCCCAGUGGAAUGAGAGCUACGUCUUCGACAACCCGGUGCCUGACGCGGACCUCGCGCGGAUUCGGCAGCAGGCGGCCUCGCUCGGGCAGGUGCUAGGGCAGGCCGCCCCCGCAGCCCCGGCCGCUGGAGGUGACGCCGGGGUGUGGCGAAUCGCCGACCCUUCGGCUCGCAGCUUCGGGGACGAGGUGCCUGUUCAGAUCACCUCGGACCCCGCGGCCUUCAUCACGCCCGGCGCCCCUGGCGACGAGGACUACCUUGCUGGCCUGGUGCUGAUCGACAACUGCUGGACCUUCUGCCAGCUCGUGCCAGACGCCGACCGGGAGGCCUGGGAGCGCGCGCUCAUCUCGGGCCACAAGCGGGGCUCACGCAUCACUGGUGACGUCAGGGAUCCCGUCAGCGGCCAGCGCUUCGUCUCGUUCGUCGAGUCCCUGGGCUUACAGCAUGCCGCCGCCGAGCCUCCCUUCCCCCUGGGAGGACAGAGGGUCACCCACGAGUACAUGCGCACGCUACGGGCUACCGGCAUGGAGUGGGUCACCCAUCACUUGGACUUCGUCCACAAGUCGGGGGUCUCCCCGAACAGCAACAUCACGCGCUGUCACCGUCGGCUCACCGACGCCCUGCACGCCUUCCAGCAGCAGGACAUGCUGAACUUGCCCAGCCUCGUGGGGGUCGAGGUCCUUGUGCGCUACCUGGUCCAGAUCGAAAUGGCCGUCGCCCGCAAUCCUCGGAGCCCAGACUUCCAGGACCUCGACGCGGUGGUCGCCUCGACCGUCAACGAGUUUGGCGGCCUGGUCCUUCCCGAGCACUCGAAGUACAUCGCGCAGAUCCAGAAGGACGAGGCCUUCACGCUGAAGCAGCAGCGGCAGUGGCGCGAGGAGCAGGCGAUCAUGGCGUUGAACGACCUGGACGCACCGCUGGCGGCUGCGCGGCGUCUCGCUUCGGUCCUUCCUGCGAACGCCGCCCAAGCAUCAAUCUUGCAGCGCAUUCAUCAGCGAGUGGGCGCCUUCGGCGACCCCCUCGGCCUGGACGGUGAUGAGGCGCUCCUUUCCAUUUUGAAGUCCAAGGACAUAUACAGCGGCAGGCCGACGCCAGUUCGGCCCUAUGAGCCGCACCUCCUGCAGUUUCUCGACGGCGGGAUCCGCCCGCUGCCCAUCCGCUCGCUGGCCCCCGUCUCCAUGCUCCCGCUCAUCAACGAGCCCGAGAAGUAUAUCCUCCGCUCUCAGUCGGUGCUGGACGGCAUGGUCGAGUCUGGCGAGCUGCCGCCUGUCUACCCCUUCUGGGACGUCAACCUGCGACGGGACCCUGCCUUGCGCCUCGACCUGUUCAAGAAGCUCAUGCGCAUCGGCCUCGUGGGAGUGCGUGCGCGGCGCCGCGCCCGCGCCAGCAUCUUCUUCGUUGGCAAGAAGGACGGCUCGCUGCGCAUGGUCAUCGACGGGCGCGAGCCCUCGAGCAUGCACCGUCGCCCUCCGCGGACCGAGCUGGGCUCCGCUGCCGCCCUCAGUGGCCUCUGCCUCGACUCGGACCUGCUCGACGCCAGGGGCGACGGCUACCACGGGGCCAGCGCCGACCUCCGGCAGGGCUUCUACCAGAUGCAGUGGCUCGAGAUCGGCAGCUGGUUCUGCUUUGACUUCCCGAUGGCCAUCCGCAACUUUGACACCGACUGCGUCUACGACGAGGUGGCCCAGACUUUCGUGCAGGUUGAGCCUGAUACAAUCGUCUACCCGUGCUUCCAGGGACUUGCCAUGGGCUGGAGCUGGUCGCUCCACAUCUGCAACGGCAUCACCGAGGACGUCACCCGCAUCGGCAUCAGCCAGGCCCUGGGCAUCUCGCCCGAGUGUGUCAGGAUCGUCCCGGAGCGUGCUCCCAGCGCGCGGCUCGCCCCUGGCCAACUGGCUGGCUCCUCGUACGUCGACAACUCCAACGUCGUGGGCUCGCCUCGUAGCCUGGUCAAUGCUGCGCUCGAGGGUAUCCUCCGCGAGUUCGAGAGGCGGGGGCUUUCCUACCACGAGGUCUGCUACGCCACGCAGGACUUAUUGUGCUGCGGUGCGCGGUUCGACUUCACGGCUGGUCGGGCAGUCCCGCAGCGCGAGCGCGGCUGGCGCCUCCACCGCGCGGUGACGGCCCUGCUGGAUCGAGGGGGCUGCACGCCGAGCGCCAUGGAGGUUCGGCUGGGCCACGUUGCGCACCACUUCAUGCUCCUGAGGCCCGCCCUGUCGGUCCUGAGCUCGUGGUGCCGCAUCGUCAACUCCUCCCACGAUUACUGCAGGUUCGACGUCGAGCAGCUGCGCAAGCUCAACCUCGUGAAGGCUUUGAUCCCGCUAGCUGGCGUCGAUCUCGGGGCGCCGUGGCACCCCUGGGCCUGCUGCUCGGACGCCAGCCUUUGGGGCUACGCGGUGGCCACGUCCCGAGUCGACCCGGGCGAGCUGAUGGACAUCGGCGCGUAUCGCGAGCGCUGGCGUUUCUUGGCCGUCGACCGCUACGCUGACAACCCUGGAGACCCCCCUGGUUUCGAGGUCGCCAUCCAUGCUGACUUCGCCGCGGGCGGGGACGACGACGGCCUCUUCGCUGGCCUGGGGCCGCCGCCGCCGGGGCGAGGGGCCCCGCGGCGGCACCGCCCGGCGAGGGUCGAGGUCGAGGCCGCGGCCAGCCCCGCCGGCCGCGGCGCCAUCCCGGCGCUGCCGGACUCGGCGCUCGCGGCGCACCGGCGGGCCACUCGGUCGGUGGCUGCUCACGGAUGCCGCGUCCUCUCCAUUGGGGACAAUCUCUCAUCCAUGAUGGCGUUCGAGAAAGGCAGGUGUGCCAACCCAGUCCUACGCCAGCUGGCCUGCCAGUCGGCAGCUCGGCAGAUCGCCACGGGCAUCCAGCACUACCACCGCUACUCCGAGAGCAAGCGGAGCCCCACCGACUACGACCCCAGAGCUGCGGACAGGUUCGAGCUGGCGCCCGGCCAGACGCAGCGGGGUGCCGCCCGCGACCUGCGCUCGGGGCCAGCCGGGCCGCCCGGGCAAGACGGCGGGGCCGCCGGCGGCCCGGCGCACUUGGACGCGCCGGCUGGGGCCGGGCCACAUCGCCUGCGGGCUCCGCCGCGCAGCCGGCGGCGCCCCCGGCACGCCCUCGAGCUCUACGCUGGCUGCGCGCGCCUCACCGCGGCUUGCCUGGACGAGGGCCUCCGUUGCUGGGUGCCCGUCGACAUCUCCAGAGGCGCGUGGCACGACCUGACUAACAAGAACGCGAUCCGCGUCAUCGUGCGGCGAGAGGUGUGGCAUGUCCACCUCGGCACCCCGUGCGCGCCUUUCAGCCAGGCCACGCCCGCGCACAGCCGGGCCAAGCAUUUUGCCUCUGGUGCUGGCUCUGUCUCGUUCACAGUCGACUUGCUGCGUCUAUGUGUGCGAUUUGGCGUAAAUUGGUCCCUCGAGAAUCCUUCAUCGUCACGUCUUUGGCAAUGUUCAGAGGUCACAGCUUUCUUGGAACGUCAUUGUCAUUACUUCGUCAACGUGCAUUACUGCCAAUACAAUUGCCGUUGCCUGAAGCCCACUACCCUGGUCACCAACCUGAAGCCCCUCCAGGAGUGGCAGCCGGGCCAGCUCGACUGGGGCAGCAGCAUCGCGCAGGCCCAGGCCGCCGAGCGCGACCGGCGCCGCCGAUUCGGCCAGGAGGGCUUCAGAACUUCAGCGGCGGCGCCGAGCAGCUCGCGGCCACGGCGCCCCCGCUCCGCCAUCGGGCUGCAGGGGGCCGCUCACAACGAGGUGGCCCGCAGCGACUUCCUGGCGCGCCGCCGUGUCAAGCCGCUGACGCAGCAGCACUACGGCCGCGCGGCCGCGGAGGUGAAGCGCUUCGCGGAGAGGCACCACUACCCGCAGCGCGCGCCUGCGCAGAGGGGCCAGCUCAUGGUGGACCACCUGCAGGGCAUCUUCCUGGCCGGGGACGGCAUCUUCGCAGCUCGCACCGCGCUCUACGGCUACGCGUUCGAGGAGAAGAUCAACCUCAGGGACGCCUCCGAGUUCCCCCAGGCCCGCCUGACGCUCAAGGGCUUCUCGAGGGCGGCGCCUGGGGAGCAGCGGGACCCUUGCCCAUGGGAGGCGACGCUGCUGGUCAUCGAUCAGUGCCUCAGCUCCCCAUGCCCGCGCCAGCGGCUCGUGGGGGAUGCCGUGGCAGUGGCCUUCGACGGCAACCUUCGGCUCUCGGAGCUGCUCAGUGUGAAGGCCUGCAACGUCGCCUGCCUCCAGCACUCAGCGACCUCGGCCUACCCCCAGGUCUCGAUCUCCCUGAUGCCUGCGGCUCCGCCCGACUGCCCGCCGUCCGCGACGACGAAGUCCGGCGAGCUCGUCCGUGACCUCAAGCGGGCCACUCCAGCCACCAGGCCGCUCUUCCCAUUCACGGCCCGUGAGUUCGAGGCCGCCUUUCGGCAGGCGGCUGACGCGGCUGGCCUGCAGAGGCUGCGCCUGUGCCCCCACGCCCUGCGGCGCGGCGGUGCAACUGUCGACUUCGCUCUGAAGUACCGCUCCCUCGCAGAGGUGCAGCGCCACGGCCGCUGGAAGUGCGCUGCGAGCGUGAGACGGUACGAGGAGGCCGGCCGCUUGACUCGCCAGCUCGCCAAGAUGUCCCGUGCUCAACUGUCGGCCGCCAGUCUCGUGAGUAAACGCUUAGCUGCCAAAGCAUCUUUCGACUUUGGCCGCACUGUGUCAAGGUGA